GGAGCGUGCUUUCGCCGCCGCCGGGGAGCCGAACGCCGCAGCCGCCGGCGCGUCCUCCGGUCCCGCGCCCGCGCGCCCCCGCCCCUCCGCACCCCGGGACCCGGCUCGCUCCGGAGCAUGCCCCGCUACGAGCUGGCUUUGAUUCUGAAAGCCAUGCAGCGGCCAGAGUCUGCUGCGGCUUUGAAACGUACAGUAGAAGCCCUGCUGGACCGAGGAGCCAUCGUGAGGAACUUGGAAAACCUGGGUGAGAAAGCACUUCCUUUCAAGAUGUAUGCCCACAGUCAGCAGCAUCGGAGAGGCGGGUAUUUCUUGGUGGAUUUUUAUGCCCCUACCACCGCUGUGGACACCAUAAUGGAGCACUUGUCUCGAGAUACUGAUGUGAUUAGACCAACUAUUGUAAAACACCCUCUGACUCAGGAAGUAAAAGAGUGUGAAGGCAUUGUCCCAGUCCCACUUGAAGAAAAAUUAUAUUCCACGAAGAAGAGAAAGAAGUGAAAAGGUUGACUGGACAUUGGCCUUCCGCUUACUUGUCACACCUGAGCUGUGAGGAUGAGUAGUUGCGAGCCUGCCCUUUAUCUUAAAUGUGUUUUAGCUCUAGAUCCCUUGCUAUGAGAGGUGUGGGAACUGCUUGCCAAUGGCUGCUCUGGAAUCAAUCAGUGGUAGCAGCAGAUGAUUCUUGAUUUCAUUUUCAACAGUGUGAUUCCUUCAUCGGUGAGGAUUUUCCUUUUGGAACAGCAAUACUGCUUUGCACUGCAAGCUGGUCACUUUAUAAACAAAAAUCAAAACUCCCUAUGUUGUAUGGAGAGCAGAGGUCAGAGUAAUAAACACCGUUUUCCAAACU